AUGGCGACUAGCGAAUCAAGUGACACAAAAAAAAUGAACUCAACAUCUGGUCUCUCCGCGCGUGUAACUGCAAAUCGACGUAUGAAUAUACAAAGAAUGCAAAAUGUCUUCUUUAUUUGGUUAGACAACAAUAUUGAUGAUGAUAAUGUUGAUUGUAAUAAUAUAAUCAAGCAACUGAAAUGUGUAGUUAACAACAUUAACACGUUUACAGAUGGUGAAAAAUGUAUUAAAUUUAUUCAAACCAUUACCAAUAACAAAGUAUGUAUGAUUGUCUCCGGGUCACUUGUGAAACAUAUUGUGCCUCAUGUGCACGAUAUGUCCCAAGUAGACACCAUUUUUAUUUUUUCUAACAAUCAAGAAUCGCAUGAAAAAUGGGCAAAAGAAUGGCCUAAAAUAAAAGGAGUCUUCACAAAUAUAACAUCAAUCUGUAAAGCUCUUAAACAAACUACUCACCAAUGUGAGCAAAAUGCCAUUGCAGUCAGCUUUGUGGCAUCAAACAAAAAGUUAGACCAAUUAGAUCCAUCAUUUAUGUAUACUCAAAUCUUGAAAGAGAUUCUAUUAACCAUUGACUUCGAGGACAGACAUUUUGAAGAAUUUAUUACUUAUUGUCGUGAAGCAUUUGUCGAAAACGACUGUGAUUUACAUAAUAUUGAAGAAUUUGGACGUGACUAUCAUGAUCAUACACCUAUUUGGUGGUAUACUUAUCAAUAUUUUUUAUAUUCGAUGCUCAAUCAAGCAUUACGGUUAAUAGAGGUUGAUAUUAUUGUUCGAAUGGGUUUCUUUAUUAAUGAUUUACAUCGUGAUAUUCAACGACUUCACUCGGAACAAUUCAAUAGCCACCAAUCAGGUAUAACAUUUACAGUUUAUCGUGGACAAUGUCUUUCAAAAGAAGAUUUCACUGAAAUGACUAAAACUAAAGGCGGACUUCUUUCAUUUAAUAACUUUUUAUCGACUAGUACAAAUCCUGAUGUUUCUUUCUGUUUCGCGCCACAAGUUGUUACAAAUCCUGAUCUUGUUGGAAUUUUAUUUGUUAUAUCCAUUAAUUCGACUGAUUCAACAACUCCGUUUGCAUCUGUUAGUGAUGUUAGUUUUUUUCAUGAUGAAGAUGAAGUUCUCUUCUCUAUGCAUACCGUUUUUCGUAUUGAAGAUAUUAAACCAAUAGAUGGGAAUAAUGAUCUCUAUCAAGUGAACCUAACAUUAACCAAUGACAACGAUCAAGACCUUCGUACCCUUACUGAUCGUAUACAACAAGAGACCUUUCCAGAUUCGACAGGAUGGCACAGAUUAGGAUUAUUGUUGACUAAAAUGGGUCAUUUUAACAAGGCUCAAGAAGUGCAUGAAGUUUUACUUCAUCAAGCAACGGAUGAAAGCGACAAAGCAAAUAUUUAUCAUCAACUAGGUCGGAUCAAAGAUAGUCAAGGAGAAUAUCAAGAAGCACUUUCUUAUUAUGAAAAAGCCUUUGCAAUUCGACAACAAUCACUUCAUCCCAAUCAUCCUGAUUUGGGAGACUCCUAUAACAACAUUGGUUUAGUCUAUGAUAACAUGGCACUUUCAUCUCAUGAAAAAGCCCUUGCAAUUCGACAAGAAUCACUUCCUUCCAAUCAUCCUCAUUUGGCUCAAUCCUACAACAAUAUCGGUGUCGUGAAUGAGAAUAUGAAUAACUACUCAAAAGCUCAUUCAUUUUAUGAACGUGCUGUACAAAUUGGACAACAAUCAUUAGCAGCAAAUCAUCCUAAUCUUGAACAAUGGAGAAAAAACCUCGAAAACAUAAAACACAAAUUAUAA